AAGGGAAGGAGGGACCGAGAGAGCCGAAGAGAGCGAGACUGAGAAAGAAAGAGCAAGCGAGUGAGCGAGCUAGGGAGGGAGGAGAGAAAGAGGUGGUCGGUGCACCGACAUCACUAUCAACUGAACUCAUCUAACGUAACAACUCUCCGGGAUUCAUAGAAUUGAAGGCAAUUUUUAUCAUCCCAAAAACGCAAGCCGUCAUGGCUGGGGCAUCAAGCGGAUACCUCGGCAAGUGCGCUUUCUCCGUUCUAGGGGAUUUUAACGUGGAAACUAUUCGUUGUUGUUCUGGUCCCACUGUAGUUGUAAUGCAUUUCCGAAGAUUUUGAAGGAAUCGUGGCCGUAGGUUGAGCUGCGGCUGAACAUAAAAGUGCGGACAUUGUUGCGGACUCUUUCCUGGGCUCGGGCAGUAUGCCGACUGGUAGACUCAUGGGUGGCAGAGCGCUUAGAACCGAUUCGCACAAACAGUACCAAAUGGCGCUGGAUCGUUGCGCACUGUCACAUUCCAGGAUUGCAUGAAGGACAAAGCGAUUGAGAAAAAGUUUAACAUUAUUAUGGGGUUCAUAAUGGAUGUGGAUAUAGCGCCGUCUAAGGUCUCUGGAUCCAAAUGUCACCCCCCUUGGAUGCUACCUCAGGAGGGGAGCAGGAGAGUGUGACGGGUGGGCGAGUGAGGCCUACGAAGGCUCACCGCUGCCAGGCUACUUACUGGUCCAGACUGGGCCCGCUGCAGUGAGACAGGACCCCUGCUACGGUCUGAUAUCUCAGCAUGGAUGGAGCCAGUCAGUGGAGAGGCAACAGCAGCAGCUAAUGAGACCAUUGCUCUUCAGCUGAGCACUGGCAAUUACAGGGGGAUUACCCUUGCGCCUUCCUCCCUUCUCCACCCUGUGAACUGACGCUUUAUCAAACUCUCUUAAAGGACUCUGUCUUUAUAGUGGAUAUACUCCAUUGCCUUCUUCAACCCUACUCGUUCAGGGAGGUGUGACAAUAAUCUUUUUUCCUUUGUUCAACUUUGUUUGUUUUGGGGUUUCACUAUGGAGUUUUUACAGGCCAGACUGUGGAAUAAAGACUGGGCCUCGUUCGUGAGAUUCUGGCUGACGGUCCUACUGAGUCUCAACAUGCAGUUCAGCCCUGGUGCUUCCUGCCCUGUGGAGUGCCGCUGCGACAAAACGUACGUUUACUGCAACGAGCGGAGCCUGACUUCAGUUCCCCUGGGUGUUCAGGAGGGCCACAAGAUCCUUUUCCUCCACAACAACCAGAUCAACAACGCCGGCUUCCCGCUCGAGCUUCACAACGUCGGCUCGGUCGAAACCGUGUAUCUCUACGGCAACAAGCUGGACGAGUUUCCCCUCAACCUGCCCAAGAACAUCCGGGUUCUCCACCUCCAGGAGAACAACAUCCAGACCAUCUCGAGGGCUGCCCUGGCCCAGCUGCCCAAGCUGGAGGAGCUCCACCUGGACGACAACUCCAUAUCGACGGUGGGGGUGGAGGAAGGGGCCUUCAGGGAGGCCCUCAGCCUCAAGAUGCUCUUCCUCACCAAGAACCACCUGAGCAGCGUGCCCAUUGGUCUGCCGGAGGACCUGACAGAGCUGCGAUUGGACGAGAACCGUAUCGCCAUCAUCGCCGAAGAGGCGUUCCAGAACGUGACGCGUCUACAGCGCCUCCUGCUGGAUGGGAACCUGCUGACGGAUGAGGGAAUCGCACCCGGAACCUUCCAGGAGCUCACCAACCUCCGUGACUUGGCGCUGGCCCGAAACUCACUCACCUUCCCCCCGCCCCUCCUCCCCAGCCAGGCCCUGGUCCGGCUCAGCCUGCAGGAUAAUCAGAUCGACCAGAUUCCUGUGGACACUUUCUCCCAGCUCCAAGGGCUGGAGAAGCUGGAUAUCUCCAACAACCAGCUGCAGAUCCUCACGCAGGGAGUCUUUGACGGACUUGUCAGCCUAAGGCAGCUCACUGUUCGUAACAACCCGUGGCGCUGCGACUGUGCCGUCAAAUGGGUGGUGGUGUGGCUCAAGUCGUUGUCGGCCUCGCUCAAUGUCCGGGGCUUCAUGUGCCAGAGUCCGGAGAAGGUGCGCGGUAUGGCAAUCAGAGAGCUGACCCUGGAUGUAAUUGAGUGCCCGUCUGGCUCCGACCUCCUGCCCUGGCCCACCUUGCGCUCCACUCCCCCUCCGACCACCACCGUCGCCAUGACCACCAUGACCACCAAGCUGACCUCCACCCCCAUCCCCACGUCCACCCCCUCCUCCCUCGCCUCCCCCUCCCCUCUCCCGGCCCUACCGCCUCACCCCUCUGGCCCCUUGCCCCCGUACGAGGACCCUCUUCGCAUCUCCUUCCACGUGGUCAACUCCAGCUGCAUCGAGGUAAGCUGGGACUCCUACUACACUGUCACGGCCUACAAGGUCACCUGGGUGAAGAUGGGCCACAGCCUGAUGAGUGACGUCACACGAGAGAAAACGGUCAGCGGAGACCAGCGUCGGCUGAGCCUGACGAGCCUGGAGCCUCGCUCUGUGUACCGAGUCUGCGUGUACGUCCUGGACACACUCAACUCCUACCGGCCCGGGGAGGAUACCAUCUGUUCCGAGGCUAGGACCAAGUCUGCCUCGACCAACUCCAACAACAAGGCCACCGGGUCGGAGCAUGCUGCCCCUCAGGACAUCAAUUCCACGCUCCUAUUGGCUGGGGUGAUCGGAGGGGCGGUGCUUGUCGUCCUGGUUACGCUGCUCGGCCUUUUCUGUUGGUACAUGCACAAGAAGAGCCGUUCGUCGUCGACUCAGUGGAAAUACAACCGGGGACGCAGAAAAGAUGAUUACUGCGAGGCGGGCACCAAAAAGGAUAACUCCAUCCUGGAGAUGACUGAGACUAGCUUCCAGAUAGUCUCCCUGAACAAUGAGCAGCUGCUCAAAGGGGAUUUCAGGAUCCAGCCCAUAUACACACCCAAUGGGGGAAUAGGCUUCAGAGACUGUCACCUUAGUAACAAUAGCUUAGCCUACUGCAAGAGCAGCAAUGUUCCCAGCACCGAGUUCUGCCUCACGUGAUAUUGCACUGUUCAGGACAGACGCACUGCGUCCUCAUUCACCACCCUUUGUUUAAACCGAAAGCAGACAAACACACACAAAACAAUCUUAGUUAAAAUAUACUGUACCAUAUAUAUAUUUCCUAGUUCUGUCUUACAUGUAAUUUAUAUAUGGACGAUAAUGUGGAAUUCUGAUAUCUUUUUUAUUCUUAGUAAAAGAGAUACAAAUGGUUUUAUAAUCAGCUGGGGUUUGAAAGUAGUUUUACGCUCAAGUGUGAACAUGAGAAUUUGUACAAUCACUGCACGCUGGUGUAGUUCUGACGAACACUGUCAGGUCUAGACGGUUGGACUCAUGAGGGCUGGGAUUCUUUGCUAACCACAGAAGCGAAAAUAAGGCCUUUGUGCAGAAACGAAGCAACCCCUUGCAGCCAGAACGGCAGUUAAGAUAACACAGCGGUCGAGCAAUACAAAUACUGCUGAUUAGACGACCAUGAAAAAAUAGCACUGGUUGUAUUUUCUGAAAAGAAUUGAAGUGCACUUUUCUCAAUGCAUCAGAGAUCGUAAGCAGCCAUUCAGGAAAUGGGCUUUUUUUUUUCAGAGGAAAACAAAUCAGACAAAAAACACUUUUCAACACCCCUUGGCCCGCGUAGGAUUAAGUUGACAAUUUUGAAUGUGGUAGGUGUUGGAGUAGGAAGGAGUAUAAUGUCGGUGUUGAGUUGAACAGCCUCGUCUCCGUGAACUUGCAAUGUUAUGACAGCUGUGACCACUAGGGGGCAGUUAUUUUCAUUCAGCAAGGAGGUUGCCUGAAAGGUGUGUGUGAGAGAGAGAAAGAGAGAGAGAGAGAUCUUACCACCCCAGAAUCCAUUACCUCAGCUGCAUGGGUAUUGUUUGGAGUGUUGUUUAGCUCAUCGAGCUACUUAAAGGUGUGGAAUAAUUUAAAACUAACAGUGGACUCUCUGUUCAGGGGGCCAAUAAUCCAGAUUUUCUUCUACUCUGGGGUUGAAUCAUGGGGACAUCUUUGCCCCUGUGGGUGUGGUGUCUUGUCUGCAGAGUUUGUGAGGAAGUGAUGGAUUUGUAGUACCGUAGGAGAUUAAUUUACAUCACUCUCCAUACACUCAUCCAUCCUGUCUUUUAUUGUCGUUCUUUUGAUGGUUAGACAAAUGAUUCACUCACAGCAACCAUAUUCUUAUGUUCUCAUUGGCCUCACAGCGGUUUGAUGAAGGAGCUGUUCCUCAUAAUUGUUCUCUCCAUUGUCUGGUCACUCUGUGGGACUGGCUAUUUUGUUUACUGAUUGAUGGUCCAAAACAAAGCGGGGGCUCAAAAUGGUGUUAGAUUGAUUCAGGGGGAGAAAAAAAUAUCUAAACAAAGACUAUUGACCUGUACUGAUGGACUUACCCCUCCUGAUCCCCUUCGCUGUCCUGGCCCUCAGAUCCCUGUUGGAGCUCAAUUAAAACCCAGUCUGGUUUGGCUGCUGAAGCUCUGAGCAGAAGGAAUGUGGGGUGCCAGUGAGAAGUCUUCAUUAUACAUUUCUUACUCAGACUUUAUUUGCUUUGACAAGAUUUUGUUUUGCGGAGACGAGUUCAAAGAAUUCCUUCACCCCUGCCCUCUUCCCUCCUCCCUAAACCCCUCUUCCCUCCCCCUCCCCCUCUUCC